AUGAAAGAACUUGUAAUUUACAAUUUGAACGACAACUCGGAGGUGUUUUCACCCUGUAUUGUGGUUCAUGGUAAAUGUUCCGCCGGUAAUACUUCUUCUAUUCAGGUACAGCAUCCCCAAUUACCACCGCUGAAUUACGCUAUCAAUGAUGGUGGAUUCAAGUGCGUAGUUCUGCUAUUACCAGGGGCCAAUAGGCUCACUUUUAUCACCAACACAAAUAUCUCGAAAACUGUCACCUGUACAUACUCAGCUAUGUUGCAAGACGCACCAAUCCAUCUGUGUUUGCUUGUUGGAAGGGAUUCACCAUUGCAAUACGAUUCGCCACAGUCUCAGAUCCGGAGAGAAGGCGGGAACAAUAUCGACAUGGCAAUAAGGAAACUACGUCUUGGAGCACGGUUAAUGCAGGCAUUCACUGCAGAACAGAUGCUUCGGAAUGGAUUUGGGCCUAGGACAUUUCAAUUUGUCGAAGAAUACGAGGUAGAUACCACUUUCAGACGAUCUGAACUCAGAAACAGAAUCAAAGUGCACAUUCUACCCUGUGAUAAAACAGCAGCUCAACUUAGAGACCCGAACCUUGCACAGCAGAAUCCAAAGGCUUCGGAUGCCGGUGGACUCUUCGGUAUCGCAAUGGAUGCUCUCAGAAGAUACGGUGGACCGUUCACAAGUGGUGCCAAGCCCGUCCAAGCUGCUGUCAUGUUUCUCGAUACUCAUUGGGACAGAAAAAUCAAUUUGCUGACUGCACACGCAGCUUUGGGCGGUGGUGAUGACAGUAUCAAGCUUGCAAUUUUUGGGUCCCAUGGGCUGUUUUCUUGGCCCUUAUACAUCGAAGAUGUACCCGCUUAUUUGACUGACGAUACAAGAACUUCAACUGACGAGGUGGCCAACGAUGCAAACGAAUGCGGGACUCAUUGGGAGACUUUAGUCGUAACAUUAGGUGCUUUUAUGCAUGAGAUCGGCCACUUGCUAGGAUCUCCACAUCGUGAAAAUGGUGUAAUGCUCAGAGACUAUGUGACUCUUAAUAGAUCCUUUCUUACAAGAGAAGCGUUUUCCGUAAGAACCAAUUCUACCGGAGCAAAACCACCUAUUUUACCUAGAGAAGAAUGCACCUGGAAUCGGAUUGAUCUUCUAAAAUUUCUUUACCACGCAUCUUUCACCACACCACAGGAUUUUUAUGAUCCAUCAUUUAUGAGACCAGGAAGACUGAACAAUCCUAACACUGCUUCUCCCAUUUUACUACCUCUUCCAAAUGAGUGCAUUUGCUUAAAAUCGGAAACUGGAAUCUUUUGCAUCGAGCUAGUCUGCGACGACUUGGCAAGGGCUCACAUUGAAUACUUGCCACAGUCUCUAGGAGGUACUGGCCCUCAAAAAGAGAUCAUUCUCUCUCUUGACGAGCUCAGGUCCCGUCUACCACCCGACUUCGCUAAAUUUCGUAACAGCUUCAAGCUACGUGCAAUUGCCGUCAAUUCAGGCGAGGAAGAGUGGAGUGACUUACCUCUGUUGCUUGCGAAUUCCUUCAUCGAUAUGAGUCCCUAUGGGUUACCCAAUAUUUCUGGUGUGAAAACUUCCUUAUAUGGUGAUCCAAACAGGGGGAGAGACGUUGGUGUCAUUCCAUUCGAUGGUCGUAAAGUGGGGGCUGUUAGAGUUUAUUUUGGUGCUGCUCUCGAUGGAAUUAGAGUUUAUAUGUCCCGGAACGAGAAAUCCACUCCGUCUGUGCCACCAAGAACUUACAUGGGUAAAAUCACUGAGGCUCUUCAAAGUGUCAGAAUUGACCACCCUACCAAUGCAAACAAUACUAGCAGCCUUUUUGGUAAUGAAACUAAUAAUUUCGCCGACGUGGUUUUUGAACCAGGUGAAUAUUUAGCCGGUUUUAACGUCAGAAGUGGCGCUUGGAUUGACGCCGUUCAAGUCAUAUCUAGCACUGGACGACUAAGUCAAUAUUUCGGCAAUGCAAAUGGUGGAGGAAAACACCAACUUCUCCCUCCACAUAACCAACAAAUUUUGGGGCUCUACGGAAGACUAGGACAAUGGGUUGAUGGUAUCGGUCUUGUCUAUGGCUCAUUUUGA